AAUAACAUUGAGCUGCUGCUUUUUCUCCAUUCGCCUGGAGGACAACACAGAGUGCAGGACAUUUUCAAAUCCUCAUCCCCUCACGAGGACUGCAAUCUGAUAACUGCUAGUCUACUGCUAAAGUGUUUUGACUGCACACUGCAGACACUACAAAAUCAACCAUGGCUGUGGCCAGCAUGUCCAUGCCUGGAAGGAUGGGCACACCUAGAGGUCUUGAUGACUACAGUCUUUACAGCGCCCUGUCAGAUGAGGAGCUGAUGCAGCUGGUCAUUGAACGCAGCCUCACUGAGGAACACAACUCUAUUAACGCCAUUCAAUCAUCCCCACCUGUGUAUUGGCAACCCAAUUACCAGCCAAACCAAUUUACCACCAACGAAUUUAUGACUAAUGUCAGGCACCCCUCUGCAACAAGGCACAUGUAUGACUUUCCCAGAGCCAACCCGAACCCAGCCAACCCACCUCCAAACCCCUCACCUGCAAACCCACCUUUAGCAGACCAGAUUAUAGAUGUGAGACCCCUGGUGCCUGUGAUUGAGAAUGGUGAUUUAAAGGCCUUAAAAGAAAUAGUGAAAUGCAAUCCAAAGAGUCUCUUUGUACCAAAUGAGGAUGGAUGGAUUUCUCUACACGAAGCUGCAUAUUACGGUCAAGAAGAAUGCCUCAAGAUUAUAUUAAGAGCCCAUCCUGGGAUAGUGAACACAUGUGGUACAUGCAAUCAGACCCCACUUCUUUUGGCUGCCAUCUUUCACCAUGUGAAUUGUGUGGAGUGCCUUCUAGACAGAGGUGCAAAUCCCAACAUUGCCAAUAACGACGGAGAAACACCACUCUUGAAAGCUUGUGGGAAGCCCAAUGCAGAGAUUGUAGACCACCUCCUAAAGUAUGGAGCCUCAGUGCACAAGGCUUGCGUUCAGGGUCUGACACCUCUCCAUGAAGCAGCCGGGCAUGAUAACGUGGAAAUUUGCCAGAUGUUGUUGGAUGCCGGUGCCAAGCUUAAUGCAGCCAAUAUCUACGGGAUAGACCCUUUCUUUACGGCAGCACAGAACGGGAGAGUGGAGGUGUUGUCUUUCCUGAUCAGCAAAGGGGUUGAUAUGAACUGCCAGGCAUGUGAUGGGGCAACACCCUUGUACGAGUCAAGUAAGAAUGGUCACAAGGAAGUUGUGGAACUGCUUCUAUCUCAGAAAGCAGAUGCAAACCGAGCAACCAAGUCUGGCCUCCUGCCUCUUCAUGUUGCUGUCCAGAAAGGACAUUUUGACAUUGUAUCCAUGCUGAUCCCUGCCACAAGUAAGGCCAAAGUUCAAUGCAGUGGCAUCAGUCCCCUCCACCUGGCUGCUGAGCACAACAGGGACUGGAUUCUAGAAGUGCUUAUCAAGGGAGGAUAUGACGUCAAUCUCCAGCUGGCAGAAGACCGAUCCAAAAUGUAUGAGGACCGUCGCAGCACAGCGCUCUACUUCGCUGUUGCCAACAACAACCUAGAGGCUGCAGAAAUGCUUCUGGAGGCCGGCGCUAACCCCAACCUUGACAUGUUCAACCCUCUUCUUAUCGCUGUGAGGCGGGGUUGCAUGGAAAUGAUCACAGUGCUGGUGGAGCAUGGAGCUAACAUGAACGCGUCCAUCCUCACACACCCCUGCUCCUUCCCGGCAGUAGUCAUGCUCGGUAUGAAGUAUUCACAAAUCCUGAAGUAUCUGAUGGACAAUGGCUGCGAUGCCCUUUCCUGUUUCGACUGCACAUAUGGCAGCAAGCCACACCCACCCCUGAAAACUUUAAGUAGAGGCAGAGGCUUCACCGAAACUUUGCGCUACGCUACCGAUGAGGACGAAGCUCCAAUCAACAUGUACAUCCAGUUCUGUGAGAUGAUCAACGAUCCAACGAUAAGUUGCUGGGCUGGACCCAUCAUAGACACGCUCCUGGAUUAUGUUGGCCAUGUGAAACUUUGCUCCAGGCUGAUUGAGCACCUGGAUAGCAACCAUGACUGGGCAGGGAUCAAAGUGAAAGCAAUGCCACCAUAUUCACUGAUGAAGCUGUGUAGGCUGAAGAUCCGUCAGCAGGUUGGAAUCCCCAGACUGAGGCACAUUGACACCCUGCCCCUCCCACCAAUACUAAUCAAGUUCCUUAACUAUAAAAAGGGAGAUUGACUGAGUGUCUAAAAUCUAUUUUUCAUUUGUCGAUUCCAUGACUCGUCUCCAAUUUUAAUUUUUUUUUAUAUUGUAUAAGCCAAAUGAGAUGAAGAGGGAAUGUAUCUUUGCCCAGUUGCAUGCUGUUUAAUAGGCUUGAUUUGAUAUUACAAUGGCAAGAGUAACAUUUUAAUGAACCUAUUGUACAUUGUAUGUAUACAUUUAAUAUUUUAGAGGUACACUCUUAGCAUCUUUUUUCUAUCUAGAACCUUAAAGGGUUCUUUUUUCUAUCUAUAACCUUCCCCGGCUGUCCCCAUAGCAGAACCCUUUAAAGAACCCUUUUUGGUUGCAGGAAGAACCCUUUUGGUUCCAUGUA